AUACCAUAGAAGAAGAAGAAGAAGAAGAAGAAGAAGAAAGAUAGGCGGGAGCUAGACAGACCGCGGUGCCGCUUUGUGGACAACGAGUCCAAUAUUAGGGCGCAGAGACGUGUAUCUUGUCAGUAUAUCCAUAGUCUUUGGUCAAACACAGAAACCGGUUUCUCUCUCCUGAAAUAAGGACAUCUGUCCUUGAGGUGGAUAGAUAAAAUUAUCGGGUGACAUUAGUAGCAUAUUCGGGAUUGGAUGCUGUCAUUAAUGGUUAAAACACAUCUCAUCAGACAGUGUCUGUUCACUGCGAAGAGAGAGAGAGAGAGGGAGAGAGUGAGAGAGAGAGAAAGAGAGAGAGCGAAAGUGAGAGUGAGUGAGGGAGGUGAUAUGUGUGUCAUCUCGAUAGAGCCUCCCACCGGCGACCCCAUAUAUACUGUGAGAGCGGCGGCCGUCGGCCGUACAGAGGAGUGAUUGGGAGAUAUAGAGAUACAUCGUACCGAGUGUGCCGGCUCUGGCCCUGGCUACAGCCAUGCCUCUUCUGGAAGAGACCACUGUGCCUCGAGAGCAUCCCCCCACACUGCCUGUGGUCAUCAUAGGUAACGGGCCAUCAGGUAUCUGCCUGUCCUACCUGCUGAGUGGCUACAAGCCCUACCUGGACCCUUCAGCUGUUCACCCAAACCCUGUUCUGUACAGGAAGUUACAGGAGACCAGACACCUGCCCAUCACUGAACAGGAUCUGGAGUAUCUGAGUGAAGGUCUGGAGGGGCGGUCAGGAAACCCUGUAGCGGUGCUGUUUGACACCCUGCUGCACCCCAAUGCGGAUUUUGGCUACGAGUUUCCCCCUGUGCUACAGUGGAGAAGAGACAAGCAGCAGCACCUCCCUCACCUGGUGCUGGGCAGGGCAACGCCUGGAGGGGCCUGGCACGUGAUGGAGGGCUCCAUGCUGACCAUCAGUCUGGGCAUCUGGAUGGAACUGCCAGGGAUCAACUACCGAGACCUGACUAACAAUGGCAAAUGCAGGGGCGUGACCAACGACCGGGCCACUCCAGAGGAGAUCUCAUCUUACUACCGUAACUACGUCAAGCUGAUGGGCCUGAAGCAUAACUUUGUUGACAACACCUACGUGACCUCUGUGCAGAAACUUUUCCGUGGACCCGAGGGGGAGGGUCUAGAGAAUGGCCAUGGAGGGUUGGGGGUGGGGGGAAAGGGGGUGUACGAGGGGAGGGAGGGUGAAGGUGUAGACGAAGGGGGAGGUGGGGGCCUGUGGGAGGUGAGGGGCUACCAGCGGGUGCAGGGUGACACCCACGUUCCCUUCUGCCUGUUUUCGGAGAAUGUAGUUCUGGCCACGGGCGCGUCUGAUUCGCCAGCUCAGCUGGGUGUGGAGGGGGAGGAGCUUCCAUUCGUGUUCCACAGCAUCUCUGCCCUGGGAUUGGCUGUGAGCCGGAAGAAGCUUGGGCCAAACUCUGAUCCGGUGCUGAUUGUGGGGGCGGGGUUAAGCGCGGCGGAUGCGGUUUUGUGCGCUUGUAACAACAACAUUUCCGUGCUGCAUGCCUUCCGCAAACACGUAGACGACCCAGGCCUCAUCUUUAAACAGCUACCCAAGACCCUCUACCCAGAAUACCACAAGGUCUACCACAUGAUGCACUCCCAGACCCACGCAACACCAAACAUGGCUGCCACCUCCACCACCAAUGGCCUUCCCAGCAUGGCCGCCUCAGUCUGCUCCAAGAUGUGCUCCAAGCCCCAACCCACCACAACUAACAUGGCCGCCAGUGGUGGUCCCGUUCUGUUCCCUGACUACACCAGCUUCCCAGAGCACCGCGUGGAGUCCUUCCAGCCAGACAUGAAGUGUGUCCUGCAGGGGAGCAACUCCCUCAAGGCCUUUAAGAUCUCCAUGGCCCUGGUGUUGAUCGGCACCCAUCCCAACCUGUUCUUCCUCAAGGGCCAGGGCCAGUACCUGGGACUGGACCCCACCAAACCCAUCUCCUGCAAGCAGAACCCUGUGGAUGUGCACCCCUACACCUUCGAGUGCACCAAGGACCCAGGACUGUUCGCCAUGGGCCCGCUGGUGGGUGACAACUUUGUUCGCUUCCUAAAGGGCGGUGCUCUAGGCAUUGCCUCCUGUCUGCUCAAGAGACUGAAGAAGAAAGGCAAGCUGAUCGCAGAAGGGGGAGGAGUAGGAGGAGGGGAGUUUAUCUAGGUGAAGUGUGGAUGGAGAGGCACGAGGUGGUGAAUGAGUUGGAAGGGAGAGAAAGAGAGGAGGAAGAGGCAUCUUUAUUUAAGCGAAGGGAGAAAGGAGGGGAAGGAGGUGGAGAAAGGGAGGAGAGGAAGAGGAGGGGGUUCAUCUUAGUAAAAAAUAGCUACUAUAACCAAUGGAGUUCUGAGUUAAAAGGGCAAAGCCAAACAGUACGUUUUUUUAUAUUUUAUUGUUUGCAGUGGACAUGCCUAUUUGAACUCUGAAGCUUUCUUACCACUUCUGAGAGAACUGAAAACAAUGGAAGUGGAGGCAGGCUAGUUACAGUUCAUGACCAGGUUCAGCCCACCAUCCGUUACAGCUCCACUGUUCUGGUUUCUGCUGCGAAGCUGUCACAGGGUUUAAUGUCCUCUAUCCAGAAAUCCAAUCUGCAGUGUGACAAUGUUUUUUAAGUCAUAUUUGUGACAUUUUGUAAUGUCUUGAGUUUUUGUUAUUUGCUCACCUUGUCUUUCAUGCAAGUGCAUUUUCUGAUUUCUCAUCUACUUUAAACAAUUGUUCUACUAUUUCUCUGAUGGCCUUCACCAUGCAAUGGACUGUGAACCACUACAACCCCCUUUAAAGCCUCAAGGAAAUGGAACUUUGUAGAGAUAGGCCCAUAGCUGCUAUAGUGUUUCUGCCAUCAUCUCAAUUCUGAGUUUCUCAUCAGUGCCAAGCUUCAGACCCCAAGCAGUAUCUGGCAGAUCAGGAUGUAAUGGGAACGUUGAAGUAACAGAUGAAUAACAGAUUAAUCAAAAACCCCAUCACCAUCCUAAUCAGACGAAGUAGAACUAACUCACUAUGGUUGGAGCGCUCCACUUAACGCUUUUCCUACGCAAACCCUUCCACUCACACACCUGACCUGAAUGUAAUUCUGGAUCAGAUAACUCAUUGCUAACUUACUGUACAUGUCAGCCUGAUUUCAAACAAUGGGGCAUAAGAGUUCUCUAUUGAUGUUAGACCAUAACAAAAUGCCAAAUAGUGUUUUUUAGACACACUGAAGUCAUGCAGAUGCGCGUGACUCUUGGCCGCAGUAAGAAAGCCAUCGCCAUCUGCAUCCAUUCAACAUAGACUAGAUUUAUUUACGAUAUUACUCACAAGGAUUGGCACUAAAAGUAGGCCGAAUGAAGCGUGACCUCGAGCGGACGCCAUUGAGAGAAGAGGUCACAGAGUGAGCUAAGCGAGGCAGGUGGCACCCCCUGCGACACGGAAAAAGGUGCCGCCAGUGGGUUGAUAGCCACUGGUGGAAAUCCCCGAUCUACCCUGUCCUCCGGCACAGGACCGGAGCGUCCCGAACGGCCAGCCAGUAAAUAGAAGGAAAAUGGCCACUUCUGGGGGGUUAGUGCGGGGAGGUAGGGGAGGGACCCUCUAGUAGGGCCUCUCCAGCCCACACCCGAGCGACACCCACCAGGGGAGGCCGAAAAACGCUGAAAAUGUCCCUUGAGGGAGAAAAGCCCCAGAAGAAGGUGUUGCGAGGGGCUAUCAGAAGCAGGAAAACUAUAAGAAAAAGCAUAAAUAAAUAAAGAUGAAAAUUAUAGCGGGCAAGAAAAAGCUGAAAUAGAGGGGCCUCCGGAAAGGACCCCCACACCCAUGGUGGUGAUGAGUACAUCAAGAAUUCAACGGCCCAAACCCCUGGAGCCAUGCCAAGAGCAAAAAUCAAAUAGAAUAAGGGGCCUGUAGACAGGUCCCCAACACCCGUAGCGGUGACGAAUACAAGAACAAUUUAAGGCCCAAUCCCUGGAGCCAUGCCAAUAGAACAUAUAUAAAGAUAGCGGGCAAGAUAGUCAUAAUGAAAAGUAAAAACAAAAAAAUUCAUAGAGAGCCAGAUCCGUAACCUAUGGGAUAAGGAUUGGCACUAAAAA